AUGUGCGACUUUUCAAGAUACGGGAUCCUCUCGGAGGAGUGGACUGCUCUCCAGGCAUCCCUGCCCGCGCCCGCCAACACCGUCGAGUCCUACGCCCAGCUGCGGGACCGCAACAACGCCGACCGCGAGGCCCUCGCCGCUCAGGGAUUCGCCCUCCUGGCCCCGCGGCUGCUCACCAAGGAUCAUACGAUCCCGACCCGUGACGGCGCGACCCUGCAAGCCCGGACCUACCGCCUCAAACCCUCCGACCCGACCGCCGUCUCCGCAAACCUAGCCUCCGCAGACGGCCUCCUGCCCAUCUAUUUACACUUCCACGGCGGCGGCUUCCACGUCGGCACGCUCGCCUCCGAAGACGGCAUCUGCGCCCGCAUCGCCGCCGACACGGGCGCGCUCGUCCUUAACGUCAACUACCGGCACACGCCCGAGCACACGUACCCCACGCCCUUCCACGACGCGGCCGACGCCUUUCGCUGGCUGCACGCGCACGCUUCCGUCAUCGGCGGCGACCCUGCCCGCGUCAUACUGGGGGGAACCUCGGCCGGCGCGAACUUAACCGCCUCAGUCCUUGUCGCGCGCCACCUGCGCCUGCCCGGGUAUGAGGACCUGGCGGACCUGCCCGAGCCGCUGGGCCAGGUGCUCAUGACGCCGUGCCUGUAUCACCUUGAGUGCGAGAGGCGGAGGUUGCUUGACGAGGCCGGGCUGGCACCGCCGAAUCCCGCGAGCUCGUAUGAGCAGUGCAAGGACGCGCCGGUGCUGCCUCGGUGGAAGAUGAAGUACUUUAUUGGUUUGCUUGGAGUGAAGCUCCCCGUGGACCCGAAGGACUAUGUCCUCAAUCCGGGAAACGUGCCGCCGGAAAAGGCGGCGGGGCUGCCGCCAGCGACAUUUGGGAUUUCCGGAGCGGAUCCGCUGCGGGAUGAGGGCUUGUUGUUUGCGAAGAUGCUUGCUGAGAGAGGCGUCCCCACCAACAUCCAUGUUUUCCCUGGCAUGCCGCACGCCUUCAGAAAGUACGGGGCCGCUCUGUCGGAGUCUGCCCACUGGGACGAGGUCAUGCAUGGGGGGAUCAAGUGGGCGCUCUCUAGACCAGUGGCGACGGGCAAGUUUGAGAUCAAUGAGAAGUGA